AUGUCUCAUCUCCCCAGGGAGCGCGACUUUGACGUCCUCAUCUUCGGUGCGAGCGGCUACACGGGCGAGCGAGUUGCGCGCACGCUCUCAAAGUGGUCCAUGCCCGGAGGCGCCUGGGCAACCGUCCGUUGGGCCAUCGCUGGCCGCUCGCAGAAGAAGCUCGACGGCAUGCUCGGCGGGCUGGCGAGUCCACCGACCGGUGUGGUGAUCGCUGAUACGUCGGACGAGGCCUCGCUGCGCGCAAUGUCCGCACGCACGCAUGUGCUCAUGAACGCAACCGGGCCGUACCGCUUCUACGGCGAGGCGGUGGUGAGCGCCUGCAUCGCAACAACGACGAACUACUGCGACCUGUGCGGUGAGCCCGAGUUCAUCGACCGAUGCCAGCUCAAGCACUCGGACGCCGCCCGCACGGCAGGCGUGCUGGUCGUCCACGCGUGUGCCUUUGACAGCGUGCCGGCUGAUCUCGGCACGCUCUUCACGGCGAUGCAGUUCCCGCCGCCCGCCCUGUGCGCGCACGCGGACAUGUACCACGUGGUCUCGGUCGAGGGGAGUCCACCUGGCGCGAGCGGGCACGCGACCACCUUUCGCGCCGCGGUCCACGGCUUUGGUGGCGCGGGCGAGACGCGCGCGCAGCGCAAGGCGUCUGCUCGCCGCGAUAGAGCGCUGCUCGCCAAGCUCGAAGAGGAGGCGCCGGGGAGCUCGAGGCCGCCGCCGCCGCUCGGCCCGAAGCUCAAGGCGCUCGCGCGGUACUCGUUCCUCUUCCCCGGCGCCGACGUCGCCGUCGUCCGCACCUCGCAGCGCGCGCUCGCGAGGCAGCCGCGGCGGGCGGGGGAGCCCUAUCUGACGCCGCAGUUUGGCGCGAGCUUCACGGACCGCGCCGCGACCGUCUUAGUCUCGGGCCCCGAGCCGGGCUACAUCGCCACCGCACUCAUGUUCCUCAGCAUGGCCCGUUUCAUCAAGGAGGAGCGGCGGCGGCUCCCCAUAGUUGGUGGCGUGUUCACGCCGGGCGGCCUCGUCGGCUCCGGAGGCGCCGCCGCCAUCACCGCCCUCGUCGAUGCCCUCCGCGCCGUCGGCAUCCGAUUCGAGGUGGAGGAGGCUCUGCAUGCGAUCGACGACUCGCGCACACAACUGGGGGUGUGGGGCCCGCCCGCUGCGGCUCGCUCAAAAUUGUGAUGUGUCACAUGCCAUGUGUUACUUUUUAAAUGAAUUUCAGAAUUGAAA